UCAUAACAAUCAUCGUGUUUGUGUUGCAUUUUUCCUUAAUUUAGAGGAAUUUCCUAUGGAAUUUUAGUUCAAAUUUGUUUGAAAUUCAUUUUAAUUUGCCUCCUUCCCAUUAUUUCAACUGGAUUUCAGUGAAAAUCUCGCCAGCGACGCCCGAAACGCGAUAAAUGCCUUUACACUAACCUUCGAGCCGGCUAUUUUUUGUGGAUUCUCCUUUCAGGAUGGAAGAAAUGGUCAUUAAAUCGCCAUUGCCUGUGCCUCAGCUGCCCGAGUUGAAUCUUUCUCAUUCGCUGAAACAGGGUCAUCGUAAACAUCGCACAAAUCCGCCAAAAUUAUUUUUUAAGCACGAACUGUCGUUAAAUAAGAGCGUUUGCAUGCGAAAUAACGACACGACAAACGGCGGUGCCCAUGCCAUUUCAUUCCGUGAGAACGGAAACGAGACUUCCGGUUCACUCCUCAGUUCUGCAUACAAAAAGGACACAAACCUGUCCUACUACGAGCAACGAUUCGAGCAAAUUUCACGCAUAGGGGAAGGAUCGUUCGGCGAAGUCUUCAAGGUGCGCAGCAAAGACGACGGAAAAUAUUACGCCGUAAAGCGAAGCAAGCAAUUUUUGCGUUCGGAAAAUUAUCGCGCCGAACGUCUCGAGGAAGUGCGUCGUUACGAGCAAUUUUCCAAUCAUGAGCAUUGCAUCGUGCUGCACAAGGCAUGGGAAGAGGACGACAGACUUUACAUGCAAAUGGAGCUGUGUCACGGAAGUUUGGAGGAUUAUGCGCGAGAUUAUGCGAAAGAAAAUGCGAGAAUUCCCGAAGACGAAGUUUGGUCAUUUUUACUGGAUUUGCUGCUCGCCAUCAAGGGUUUGCACGACCAAAAUCUCAUUCAUCUCGACAUCAAACUGGACAAUAUUCUCAUUACGGAUGACAAAUUUUGCAAAUUGGCGGAUUUUGGAUUGGUUUACGAUUUGACGAGGAAGGGACAUGCGACGGAAGGCGAUUCGCGGUAUAUUGCGCCCGAAGUGUUGCAAGGAAACUUCUCGAAAGCGGCGGAUAUUUUCAGUUUGGGAUGUUGUGUGUUGGAACUCGCCUGUAACAUUGAAUUGGAAGCGAAUGGACCUCUAUGGCAGCAGCUGAGAGACGGAAAAUUGCCUCAAGAGUUCAUUUCUGAACUCUCACCUGAUCUUCAAGCGCUGAUAAAAUGUAUGUUAGAACCGAAUCCUAGUCAACGACCCGAUGUAAAUACCUUGUUGAGACACCCACGAGUUGCUGCGAUCCAAAGAUGGAGAACAAAAUUUUGGGGAUUUAACCUUUAUCGCAAACGUAUUUGGCGAAAAUUGUGCAAUUUGACGACAUUCUUCGUGAGUCUCCUUCUGACACUCAUCACAUGGUUCGAUUUGAAACCUCGUCGCCGCAGGAAACGGUCCGGCGAAACGUCAACAUUUUCCGUUGGUACGUCGGCAGCUGAUGGCGCCGGCGACGACGACUCCAGCAUGCAAAUUACGCCGAGUCAUCUCAAUCAAAGCAUCCCGAAGAACACGCCAAUGGUAAAAAUUGUCAAUUCCACGCCUCUCAACACGAGCGGACUGCAUUUUCGGAAUCGCACACGACGAGAUGGCGCGAAUUUUUCAAAGACAAUUCUUGGCUUUGAAUCAAGUGAUGAAGAAAACGACGACACAUCGUUCGCAUCGUCAGACAUGCGAAGACUCAACGAAUCGAUAAAUGACGCGUCAAAUCAUGAACACUCCUCGUCGCUCAUUUGUAAGAAGCUGUUUGCACAAAAUGUCGACUAUUCUGACUAAAGAAAAAAAUUUAAAAAAAAAAUUAAUUGAGUUAAAUCCCGUACUGCACUUUAUUGCGAAAUUUGGUUGUUCAGCACUUCUCUCCUUCUUUUAUUAUUUUUAGAAAAAGUUUAAUAUUAACUUUUAAUUAUAUGCCAGAAAAAAUCUUUAUAUAUAAAAAAAAAUAUUAUGUUAGUCAUAAGGAUCAAAUUAUGCUCAAAAUCCGAAGAUUCUUUUAAUAAAAGAAUACAAUAACAUAGAAUUAAAAAAUAUAUUUAAAAAAAUAAAACAAAAAAAAAAUAAAGAGUCUAUUAAAAUAUAAUAAGAAAAGUAACUUUUUGUGAU